AUGCACCGUGCGUUCUCGUUCCCGGUGACUGUGGAGCGCAGUCGGACCAAGGAGCGCCUUGAGGCGAGUCUGGCCGGGCUAUGUGAGCUGGAGCUCCGCAAGCAGAGACAGGAGUGUCUUGUGCUGGGAGCGCUGGCUCUGGGGGACCCUCUGCCCCAGGACAGCUCCAGAGGAGAGCUGGCGUGUUUCAGCAGCUGGGGGCAGGAAAACUUGACACUGAGGCGUCAGCUGAGUGCUCUUCAGAGUUCCCCAUGGGGCCUGAUGCAGGCGUUGGAACAGCAGGUGGGAGAGCUGAGGCUCGACACAGACGAUGUCUGUUAUGAUGGAGCUCAAGGAGACACAGGCGACAGUCGGCCGAGUUCUGGUUUCUAUGAGUCAAGUGAGGGUCAGUCGCCAAAAGGAAGAUCUUGUUCCAUUGAGCCCGCAGAGGCUGUCUCCUCCUGGGCUUACACUGACGACAGGCCAAAGUCUGUGGGAGACCCCCUCAUGUUGAAUGGAGAUGAGGAUCCUCCGGUGCUGCGCACUACCCUACCCCGCUCUUUCUCUGCCCCUUACCCACCUCUGGAGGGCAUCACUGAGGAGGGCAUAGCAGUGGACUCCUGGCAGUGGGACCACACUGGAGCCAACCAAGCCUGGCAACAGCAGCAGCCCUCCGAAGACCAGGUCACCGAGGAGGACUAUCAGCAGGCUUUGAGGGUAGAGAAUUACAUCCUAGGUCUCAUCCAGCGUCAUACCCUCUUACCACGACCGUGUCAGCCUCGCACCACCCUGAGCCCUGACCCGCCAUACUGCAGUGCCUCUGGACACAGCUCCCUACACAGGAGAACUCCUUCUCUUACAACAGAGCAACGCCUCCCUGACCCCCACCUUCAGCCCCACACUGACCUUUUGGCAAACCCUAAGAGUCAGAGCUGGGGUUGUGAGCAGCUAGAGGGCGAGACCUGUGGAGGGGAGGCCCCUUCUUUGGAGGAGGACUGUUAUCUGGCUCUGCCCUACCCCCAGUCCAGACCACACUCCCUGGCUGGGAGGUUACCAUCACCUCUGCCCUCCUUGGACCCCAACUGUGGUGUUGGGGCUCUUGACCUUUGUUGUGAACCUGCAUCCCCCCAGCAUUAUCUACAACCACAACCCCCUAUUUAUCACAAGCACAAUUUAGUAAGUGCUCAGUAUGUCCCUGGACAAGCCUGCCAUGCCCCUGUGCGCUCCCCCAGACAGUAUAACCCAGAGCAGCCCAAGCCCAACCGAGCCGUCACCUCUCCUGACCACCCCAGCUCCAAGUCGAGAGCCUCCAAGAAGAGCCACAACGAGCGACAGAGAUCCAAGAAAUCGAGCAGCAAAACCAGUCGAUCCCAGUCAGAAAACAGCCUCUUGAGCCAGCGAGUGCUGCCUGAGCGCAGGUACAGCACCACUGAGAGGCACCAAGGUAGAGGGGAUCUUGCUCAGAACCAAGGCCAGGUUGCUGGACCACAAGUGGGCAACAGCAGCCACAACAGGGGCCAACGCUGGUGCUCCAACCUGGAGCUCAGCCAGGACGAAGGAGAGACCCAUGUGGGGCAGGCGCAUAGACGACCACCUCGAAGAGCUCGUCACGGUCACUCAUGUCUCCAUUCCCAGGCCCAGAAUUACCACCAGCAGCAGCACGCUGAACGCUGGCACCCAGACUUCCAGGAGAGAGCGCCUCUCUGUCAGGGAGAGGAGGGCUACGCUGGUGCUGCCCCCGCCGAGUCCGAGUCCAGCAUGAGUGAGGUGUAUUCCCCAGCCUCCAGCUCGCUGUCCAGUGACUCAGAUGAGAGCGGGGGGCUAGUGUGGCCCCAGCAGCUGCCACCACGCCUUGCUUCUACCUCCUCCUCAUCCUCGCCCUCACCACAGGCCACUUCCAAUGCACCCUCUCAACCAAAAGCCUUUGUCAAGAUCAAAGCCUCUCAUGCUCUCAAGAAGAAGAUCCUCAGAUUCCGCUCAGGGUCCCUCAAAGUCAUGACUACUGUAUGAGGACACGAUCAGGCCUGUUUUACUGUGUUGUAAAGCCAUUGUCAGAGCAACAUUGUGGCUGGUACUUGUGGUCACAAUCAUAAUGUAUGUUAACUAACCAACCUUGUGUAUUAUCUACCUACCUCUAAUUACAGUAUGUUCUUAGUGAGAGACACUUACAUUAACAAGCAUGAAUAAAGAACUGCCAGAGAUCCUCCAUCUGUAGUAUCUGGUUGAAUUUAACUUGUACCUGACAACCAUAUCAGACACUAGACUAACAGGCAUUAUCCUGCUCUAAGUGAUGAUAAUUGAUGUGAUGCCAGGUUACACUGUGUUGACAUGGACCUCACUGAAGCUAAGUGACUGAAUAUGCUGCCAGUUUUUCCUUCAUGUCUGUUGGCCAAAUGCAAGUCUACACAACUGAUAUUAUGACAGUCUGACCACUACACUGCCAAAAGCUUCGAGUCUUGCUAUAUACCAAAACUCUAGAAAUUAGAUAAAAGUUGUUCAUGGCACUGUCUUUUUCUAGGAAAUUUGGUCGUGUCCAAAAUUUCCUAAGCAUUUCUGAGAAAGUUUCUCGGAAAUUAUUUUGUAAUUUGGUAUCAAUUUCCCUGAAGGAACAGCUCUGUUUAAACCCAAAUAAGUAUUUUUUCAAUAGUCAUUUAUUACUGGAAACUAAAAGUCUUGCCAGGUUACGCUGCCAAUCAUCUAACUGGAAGGGUAUAAUUUGAAUAGUGUCUCUAUUUUCCCUCAAAUCAGUAUGAGAUAUAUAUAGUACUUUCCAAGCAAACUUCUUGUGAAUGCUUUAGAAAUUAUUAGGAUGUUAUUUAGAACAUAAAAUAAAGAAUUACUAAAAUUUUGGUGUGUGGUAAGACUUGGUGUUUUACAGCAAGGAUAUGUCCUGCACUUAGCCAGCAUCCUAGAGGAAAAUGUUUUAUUUGUGCAGUAGUGAAAAAACAUGUAAUGGUACAAAAAUUCAUUGUGUAAUUGUGAAUCUCUGAGCAGGGAAUACAUUUAGAUCCCUUUAUGAUAAAAUGUGGAUUCACACUAAAGUGACCUGUCCACUACUUCUCUUCUCCAACCAGCUGCUUUCA